UUUGGAGUCUCCCUCCCCUCCCACGCCCGACAUCUCACGGUCCGGACUACUUCUGCAUCGAUCCCGUUGUCUGACGUCUCCUGCACAACUUUUCGCAUCCGUUCGUUUUCCACCCCUCGACCGCCACCACUUGUCCUGCCAUUCACCUCUUUGUACCGCCGCCGCCGCCAUCUCGCUCAGACAAAGAAAAGCAUGGCCGGUGGGCCGAGUCCGAGCAGCACCAGUCCCUCAAACCCUGCCAACAGCCCUUUUCACCACGGCUCCCUGAGCUCCUCCACCUCGUCCUCGCCUCCCAACCACUUCUUCUCUCCUCCCAACACCAUGACGGCAGACGUCUUCCCUGCGUCGCAUAGCUACACCAUGCACGCUCCCGUGGGCGAACGCCGUGCGCUGGACAAAAACGGCCUGAACCUGCUCUCCUUCAGCCCUGCCGACACCAUGCCCGAACCAAAGGCCAGCCACACCAUCUUCUUGCGCAAGCUGCCCCCCAAAAGCGACAAAGACUCGCUAAGCAAUAUUCUGCUCUUCGCAAAGGACCUGAUCGAUUGCGAGGUCGUGCCGACGUCGCGAUACCACGACGACAAGGGCCAUGUUUCGGCCAUCGCGCGCUUCGGAUCCCUGGAAAGCGCAAAGGAAGCGCGCGAUCUGCUGAAUGGGAAGCGCAUGAGCGAUUCCACCCUGAUCGUCGAAAUGGCCCAGGAUAGUCUGCCCGGCGCUAUUGGCUCUCGGCGCAACACCGCGGAGAACGGACCCGCUCGGCAGCCAUCUGUAUCUGGAUCAUCAGGUAUCGCUGCCAUCACUUCCUCGGGUCGUCAGGCCUCGAGAUACAACGGCACCUUUCAGAGCAUGGAGAAAAUGUCCCCGCCCAACGCGACUCCAGGCCUUGGCAACGGCGAGUUCCCGGUGCAAAACCUCUUCUCGCCCACAUCUCCCGUCAACACCUCCUUCACCCAUCGCAAUCUCGGCAAAACCGUCAUCAACGACGAAGCCGAUGAUGUGGACGGCCUUCUGAACGAAUCCAUCGGUUAUGCGACUGCUGGCCCGCCGGUGCAGGCUGCUUUGUCUCGCCGACCAACGAAUUCCAACAACGCCAUCCCGGUCUCUCGUUUCGCUUCCCUCUCGCUCCAGACCAAUGGCGUGAAUGGCAUCAGCUCCCCGCCUGUGCCCAACUACGCAUCGCCUCGAUCUGCAGCAACGAUGCAAUCUCCCGCCACAGCCAUGUCCGCCAUGUCACCCCACACCAUCCCGUCGGCCAUGAGCAACAUGGGUCCCAAUGCCAACUUUCAACAGUAUCAGCAGCAUUACCCUCGACCAACCUACCCCCCUGUCAACCCUGCAGACCAGAAUCCCCCUUGCAACACCUUGUAUGUUGGAAACCUGCCGGUGGAUACUUCGGAAGAUGAGCUCAAGACUGUAUUUUCCAAGCAGCGUGGAUACAAGCGACUGUGUUUCCGCACAAAGCAGAACGGGCCCAUGUGCUUUGUCGAGUUUGAAGAUGUUUCCUUUGCAACAAAGGCGUUGAAUGAACUCUACGGGCAUCCUUUGCACAACAGCGUCAAAGGCGGCAUUAGACUCAGCUUUUCGAAGAAUCCCCUCGGUGUGCGCACUGGGCAAUCUUCUAACAUGGGACCGGCUUCAGCCAUCACUCCCAGUACUCCACUUUCUGGAUUCGGUGGCAGCGUCUCCGCGCCUCCUGGUUUCUCUACUGCCACGGGUCCCCCUCCAGGUCUUUCGGCUCCUCCAGGACUCUCCCCUCCCAACCAUCCCAACACGCCUUCCGGGUACCACAACAUGUACUCGAAUAAUGGGUAUGGGAUGGCUCCCAACGACAUGCCUAUGAGACAGCAACCGAUGCCUGCAGGUAUCACCACGAGCGUGUCCGGAAACGGCUACGGUGCUAUGAACGGGAACUACUCCGCCUACAUGAUGGGGCGCUAA